GUCGCGGUGAGGGGGGAGCGAGGCGCCGGUUGGCUGUGCGGCGGGGAGGGCGUGGCGUGGCGCGGUCACGUGGGGAAGCCGGCGUUAAAGGGGCCGCGGGGGAGCCGGGGCGAUGGGCGGCGGGGAGAACGUGCUGCUCUUCCUGCCCAACGUCAUCGGCUACGCCCGCCUGGCGCUGGCGGCCGCCGCCGUCUGGCUGAUGCCCACGCGCCCGGCUCCCGCGGCCGCGCUCUACGGGGCCAGCGCCGCCCUGGACGCCCUGGACGGCGCCGUGGCCCGCAGGCUCAACCAGGGGACCCGUUUUGGCGCCAUGUUGGACAUGCUGACGGACCGGCUCAGCUCCAUGUGCCUAUUGGUCAACCUGGCGCUGCUCUACCCGGCAACCGCCGCCCUGUUCCAGCUCAGCAUGGCGCUGGACGUGGCCAGCCAUUGGCUGCACAUGCACUGCACCACCCUGGAGGGCGGAGCCUCCCACAAGGACGUGGGGGGGGAGGGGCACCCGCUGCUGCGCCUCUACUACACAAACAAGCCGCUGCUGUUCGCGCUUUGCGCCGGGAACGAAGCGUUUUACUGCGGCCUCUACCUGGUGAAGUUCAGCGACGGGCCCCGCGUGCUCCCGGGGGCCCCCGGGCUGUUCCGGCUCCUCCUCUGGGUCGCGACCCCCAUGGCCGCCCUCAAGUUCCUGCUGAACCUGCUGCAGCUGGGCGGAGCCGCCGCGCGAUUGGCCGCCCUGGACGCCGCCGCCAGGCGAUUGGACGAGGCGCCCAGACCCAAAACCCAGUGAAUCCGCCCCAAAACCAACCCGGGACCCCCGCAAAGUGUCCCCAAAAUACCCCCAUAAAUGGAGCAACCGCCGACCAUG